UUGACUUCAUCUGUCUAUCUCAUCUAUCUUCAUCCAUCCAUCCAUCUAUCUAUAUAUAUUUCUGUUAUCUAUCUGGGUCGGGUUUUCUUUAGGUUUCUUAUUUCUUAUUAGUCUACACAUAUAACGACCAAGACUACACCUACUUUGAGAUUUCAACUACGAAACCAUAUCGAUUCGACUACAAACCAAUAUCCUAUAUACUCUUCCUCAUAUAUCAUUCGCCUCAUAUUUAUCAAGAUGUACGCCUCGACGAUAUUAGUCUCAUUACUCUGUGCUUCCAGCGUUAUUGCCGCUCCAACAUGGCCUACGUUCAACUGGGACGCUGCCAAGCCCGAUGGUCUCGAGACCGUAUCCGAGUACUUCAACAUGUUGGCGCAGAAGGUUGAGAUAGGGAAAUACAUGUCGUCAGCCCCGGUUUGUGAUAUCUCAAAGGCACAGAUGGCCGUCGCCCCUGAGCCACUGACUCCUCCGUCUCCCGGUUUAACUCUAAAGCAUGUGGCCAUCGGCCGUGGCACGCAAAAUUACACCUGCGACACGACCAACGCCACUGCCGUCCCCGUCGCCGCGGGCGCCGUUGCCACACUCUUCAACGCGAGCUGCGUGGCCUCCGCGUACCCGGACCUCCUACAGCUCCUGCCGAAGCUGGCGCUGCAGUUCAGCCUUACGCCGCAAGAGGCGGAGAAGGACGCGCGCAUGGGCCCGACGAACCUGAUCAUCUCGGGCAAGCACUACUUCACGAACAACACGACGCCUUUCUUCAACCUCGACACCGCCCAGUACCAGAUCGGCGAGGCCGGGUGCUCCAAGGACAGCCAGACGAACGCGCCCGCCGACGCGCCGACGGGCCUCAAGGGCGAGAAGGCCGUCCCCUGGCUCCGACUCAAGACGCACUCCGGCUCCACGGGCAACCUGCAGGAGGUCUACCGCGUCGGGACCGCGGGCGGCAGCGCCCCGGCUACGUGUCAGGGUCAGCCGGCGGCGUUCGAGGUGCAAUAUGCAGCGCAAUACUGGUUUUGGGAAGGCCAAUCUCAGGCGUGAACAGAUGACUAGAUGUGGGCUAUUAAUUAUAUAUAGGGGCGGGAGGCUUAUACACCUAGGUACCUAAUGGGAGAAGGGGGGGAGAAGUCAUGAUAACAUGAUAUAGAUACGGAUCAGGAGUGGUGGCUUCCGCCUGCGCGCAAUUACUCGGAUAAUACGAGAGAU